AGUUGUCGCGCAGUCAGGCUUUCUCAAUUGUUCGGCAUUUUUUGCACAUGUCAGUAUAUCUUGCAGAUAAAAUAUUUUUUGCAGCCUUAUUUUACGUUGCAGUUUCGUACUUGAGGAAAUUGUAUCUUUCAGCCUAUUUCUAAGGUCUACAAUUCGUGUUCCCAUCGGAAGCCGGCAACCAGCAAUCUCUGCUAUUCGGUCACAUUUAACAAUGGCUAUCCACAGCAUAUUUGUCGUCAUACUGAUUUCCCUGGGGUUGAUGCAGAUGGUAGCAUCCCAAGGAUUAGCCAUCGCUCAGCCGCAGUGUCCACUUGUGCUAUGUGCUCAGUGUGUUCCCACGCAAUUCGCUGCUGCAGGUACCGCCCAAAGCGCCGUCAUUGGCGGAACCGGCCAGUGCCCAGGAUGCCCAUCCUGUAACGGCGGUGGUGGCCCGAAUCCCCCCACCAACAUCUGCGCCAUGGUGUUAUGCGCCCCCAACUGCCGGCCAGCUCAUCCCAUCAAUCCUACUAGCGCCAGCCAGUGCUGUAUCUGCACUCCAACAGAUAUCUCGCCGGGCUAGCAAAACCGAGCUAUGACCUUAUAUCGAGCUGUCGAGAUGUGUUUCUUCUGUACAUACUUGCUGUCUGUCUUGCUGAACUCUCUAUUCACGUAAACACUGUUUUUCUCGUUGUUUAGCUUACAUAAGCGCUUUCGCGUACAGUGGCAAAAAAACACCGGCAUUGUUUUUUUGUGUUCGCGUGGUCGACAUCCGUGAUGUUCGUAAACAUGUUUACUGAUUUUCGGUGGAAACCUGUUAUUGUACUUACCUGCCCGCAGCCAACUCGCUUUAGCAUGCACAACAGUAGUUUUCGCUGAUAAGCGGACGUCAAAUGCAGUAAGCAACGUUUAGAGAGUAUACUGCAUAGGUACGGAAUUUGGCGCUUCUACAGAUUAUGCUGCAGAAGUUGCAGUACUCUGUACUCUGCACUUUUUUGUCCUUAAUUUUGUUAUUUAUCGC